ACAUCAAUCUAAGAAAUCUUUGAUAAAAAAAAAAAAAAAAAAAAAAAAACCUCAGAAACCCAACUCACUAAACAGGCCAAAAAGCUCUUGCCCACACAAUCCAAUGCCCGAAUCAGCGCGUACAUAUUCUUAGCAAAGCCCCAAACUUUACGCGCGCAACCGCGGGUUGCCUGGAAGAAGACGAUGCAGUGGUACUUCGUUGCCGCGCUGCUUACCGUCCUCACCAGCUCUCAGGGAAUCUUGACAACUCUUUCUCAAAGCAAUGGCAAAUAUAAGUAUGACUAUGCAACUGUUCCGUUUCUUGCUGAAGUAUUCAAGCUUAUAGUUUCCUGUUUACUUCUUUGGAGAGAGUGUCGCAUAUCACCCUCAGUACGAAUGACUACAGAUUGGAAGAGUGUGCGCUUGUAUCCUAUUCCUUCAGUCAUAUAUCUAAUUCAUAACAAUGUUCAGUUUGCCACUCUUGUUUAUGUGGAUACGUCCACAUAUCAGAUAUUGGGUAACCUGAAGAUUGUUACUACUGGAAUAUUGUUCAGGCUAUUCCUGAGAAAGAAGUUGUCAAAUAUUCAAUGGAUAGCAAUUGUUUUAUUAGCUGUUGGAACAACCACAAGCCAGGUUAAAGGUUGUGGAGAAGCGUCAUGUGAUUCUUUGUUCUCAGCACCAAUCCAAGGAUAUAUGCUUGGCAUUCUAUCUGCUUGUAUGUCAGCAUUAGCAGGUGUUUACACAGAGUUUCUCAUGAAGAAGAACAAUGAUAGUUUGUACUGGCAGAAUGUACAAUUGUAUACGUUUGGUGUGAUUUUCAACAUAGCACGGCUUCUCUUCGAUGAUUUCAGGGGUGGAUUUGAGAAUGGACCUUGGUGGCAACGCCUUUUCAAUGGAUAUAGUCUUACAACUUGGUUGGUCGUGCUAAAUCUUGGAUCUACUGGCUUGCUUGUUUCAUGGUUGAUGAAGUAUGCUGACAACAUAGUGAAGGUGUAUUCCACCUCAAUGGCAAUGCUGCUGACAAUGGUUUUGUCAGUAUACCUUUUCACUUUCAAGCCCACAUUACAGCUUUUCUUGGGCAUUAUUAUCUGUAUGAUGUCACUACACAUGUACUUUGCCCCUCCGAACAUGCUGGUAGACUUACCCUUACCUGUAAAAUCAACCACUGAGAGUCUGAAAGAAGUUUCAGUUGAACGAAAAUCAGAUUCGUGAUGGUCUCCUUAAGGGAACUAAUAAUUUUGAAAGUUGCAUUGAAUUGCCCAAACUGGGGCAUAAUAUAGUUUGGUUGAUUGGAGAAGUAUCUGUAGUUUGAAUCAAAAAAUUCUGCCAAAGAGAACGCUUAGUCUACCUAGGAUUACUCUUCUUGACGUUGGGGAGGAACUGAUUUGAUCAUGUACUUGAACAGAUUGAUUGCUUGUGGCCACAAAUUCUUGUUUAUGUUUCUGCUGGGUUUGCCUGCUCAAAGUCUAUAUGUAACUGUGACUUGUUGAAACAUGAUCAGGAGAUUUACUUCUUGAAAUUCUUCAUUACUCAGAGGUUUGUAUCGUGAUUAGGUUAACUGUUAUUCAUCUGAACUGUGACCGGAAGAAAUGUUUGCCUAUCAGAUUCUGAUUCAACAACUCCUUGUUUA